GCCACACAUGAGGCUGCUUAACGGAAAUAAUACGAACAUGGGUGGAGCAAUGGCUGAUGGCAGGAGGCAAAGGCUGUGGCUGAGAGCUCACACCCAAUAAGCAUGAGCAUCGUGCAGUUACGUGGGAUGAUCAAGUGCAUCAUUCCAGACAGCAGCCCGAUACAUCAAUUCGUUGACUAUGGAUGCUACUGUGGGUAUGGUGGGUCUGGGACUCCAGUGGAUGAUCUAGACAGGUGCUGUCAGACCCAUGACAAAUGCUAUGGUACAGCUGAAAAUAUUAAGGACUGCACACCUGUCUUUGACAAUCCUUACACUGAGAUCUACACUUAUACCUGUUCCAAGAAUACUGUCACAUGCAGCAGUAAAAAUAACGACUGCGAAAUGUUUAUCUGUGAAUGUGAUCGCAAUUUAGCCAUCUGCAUGUCCAAAGUAAAAUUCAAUCCUGAAAACGUGAACAUAGACCAGUCCCACUGUAAAUAA